GAAAAUCAUAUUGACGGUCUUUGGUCUAUCCUUACUUCGUUCAAUGAAAAUCGAAAAAUAUAAUUAUGCUAUACUAGUACAUAUUACAUGUAUCCUCGUCAUUAAACGAUCUUGGCAAUACAAUUAAUGUGGUUAUUUUUAAGACACAAGGAUGUCUUUGCAAAAAAUGAUUAUGAAUUGGACUGCAGUAUAUGUGUUUAUACUGAUAUCAUGUUUGAUUCUCUCUGUUUAUAUUCAUUUUCUGGAAGAAUGGAAUGCACUUGAAGAGUACAACUCACGUUUGUUAAAAGAAGGCAUAAACACGGACACUAUGCACACUAAUGUAGAGGUGGAUCUAAAUGAGCAGGUAGAUCUUGUUUACACGUGGGUAAAUGGCUCGGAUCCAAAUUUCAACCGCCAAUUACAUGAAUACCUAGCAUCAAUAAACAGAAAAAAUACAGAUGUAAUGGAAUUGAAUAGAUUUUAUGAUCUUGGAACUAUCAAAUACUCACUGAGAUCUGUUGAAAAGUAUGCCAGUUGGAUUCGACAUAUUUUCGUGGUAACAAAUGGACAGUUUCCAAGUUGGCUGAGACGCAAUCACCCGAAACUCACUUUUGUUACACAUGAGGAAAUAUUUGCAAACAAGAGUCACCUUCCAACAUUCGCAUCACCGGCAAUAGAAAGCAACUUGCAUAGAAUAGCCGGUCUUUCGAAAAGGUUUAUCUACAUGAACGACAAUAUUUUAUUAACCUCCAAAUUAGAGUUAUCGGACCUUAUAACAAUUGGGGGAAAGUACAAGGUUAAGUUUAUGACGGAAAGACCGUUCAUGUGCAACAAACUGUGUAACGUAAAUAGUGUAAACAAUGGCGUAUGUGAGCAGAACUGCCUUACAGAGAGCUGUGAAUUUGAUGGUGAUGAUUGUAUCGGUAAAAAACCUCCACCAUACCCUGGCACUGACGGAGCAUUUAUGUUCGACAGCUGGAUGGGUUCUAUAAUGCACACUUACUUCUUGCUCAAUAAAUGGUUUGGUCCAAAGGAUAGAUAUGUGGCAGAGCAUGGUGCACAUUUGUUUGAUAGAACUAUUAUCAAUAAGCUGAACAAAAGAUUUCCCAAGGAGUGGGAAUUAACUUCUUCUCAUAAGACCCGCCACCACCUGUCCGUCCAGUUCCAGUUUAUGUUUAUACAGUAUCUGAAAGAAACCGGACAAAUUGACGUAGUAUCAGAUAUGAGAAAAGCCCGAAAGUGCUGCAACAAGGUGAAACUCGUGGUGGAUAACAGAUCUGAUGAAUCCAGGAGGAAGCAGAUUGAAGUUUGUUCACUUGAGCUCAAACUGAAAAAACCGAAUUACCUUGUUUUGACGAACAGUUUUACCAUGGCGAUGUCAGAUAAAAGAAAAUCUAUAAUAGAAGCGGACAUCACAAACUUCUUGGAAACUCUAUUCCCAGAACCUUCAAGUUUUGAAAGAUAGAAUACUUCAGUGACAACUUUUAUUUUAUAUUAGACACAGAACACGGUUUUAUUAAUUCAUAAAUCAGGCUAAGAUGGUAUGCUGGAAAUAACGUAAUACUGUAUAGUGGGAUAUAUUCACGGUGCCAAAUGUUCGCGUUUUUUAGGAGUUUUGAAUUAACGGUGUCUUGAUUUCGCGGAAACUAUUUCGACCGCGAAUUAUAAACAUUGGUUGUAAACAAAAGAAAGGGAUGUCACUCUUCCUAGACAUGCAAAUAAUAACAAAUACGUAAGUAAGUCUGUCGUUGUCGUCUGAAUAGAGACGCAUAUAGCGUAUAAUACUAGUAAAAAUUCAACACUUGUGCGAAAAUACUAAAAUCGAUAAAAGAAAUGCAAAUACGUCCAGUUUCAAAUGUAUCUUUAAUUAACUGGUUUCACACUGUAGAUUACUUUAGCAUGUACAUAGUUGAUUGAAAGGAACUCAGUACUGAUUAAUGUUAGAGGUGCGUAUGUGCAUUAUUGUGUUUGAACAAACUGUUUUAUUCAUACAAAAAUGGUUCUUUUGAUAUUCAGACAUAAAUUCUGCUUUAUCAUCAAAAAUUAGAAAUUUUAGGUUUUCAUAAUUGUUUUAGUUAACAUGCUACAGUAGAGAAGCAGAUACAGGAAGUAAUCAUGUAUAAGAUUAAGAACCAUCAAUAGAUAACGGCCUAGGCGGGAAAAAACUUCUGAUGGAGCCAGUUUGAAGGCGUCUAAUUUUGUUUGCAGUCAAGGAAAGAAAUUAAGUACAGUACAUGUUCAAAAUGUAUGCCUGGCUUGAAAUUUGUAAAUACUAUCAAUUUUAGUAAAGUAGAUUUAAAUAAAAACGUAUUUCAUUACCUCUGUGCUUGGUUGCAUUCUAUGCUUCUAAACGUUGUUCGUAUAAAGUGUUUGAAUGCGACAUGAUUGCUGUAAAAAGUGAUUGGACACAGCAUUGUCCUUUCGAAUCAUGGAACCGAUUUAAUGUUUAAAUACUAUAUAACAGAGUUCCGCUUGGGCCUGUGCUAAGGGGCGCGAGGAGUGCUACACAUUUCACUUCCUCUCACGAACAGAUUCAAUCAAACCUCUUCCUCUCACGAACAGAUUCAAUCAAUCCUCUUCUAUCGCACUGGACUGGCGUUUUCGGUGAUUUUACCUAAAAGUUUCCACUGAUUUUACCUUUCCGGUGAUUUUACCUAUGCUUGCGAAACCCAAUUCGCAUCCCCAUGACAGAUGACUCUUGUGCUGUUAAUGACAACUAACGAUUUGUGUUCUGAUUAUAUAUUCUUAUGUAGAAUGGAAUAAAAUCAAAUACCUUCA